AUGGCGGAGGAGAUCGCCAUCGACAAUACCAACUUUUUCAAUCGCCUUUCCAAUUUCUAUGCAUCAUGGAAGGCUGAUAAGCGCUCGGGAAAUGCACUCUUCGGCAACGCAGGGUCCAUGGUCAUCCUCAUGGGCAAGACCGAUGAGGAGAACUCAUUCCAAAAGAACAAUGCCAUGCAUUUUUGGCUCCUUGGGUAUGAGUUUCCAGCCACCCUUUUCGUCCUCACAACCGAAGCAAUCUACGUGGUCACCACCGCCAAAAAAGCAAAACACCUGGAGCCGCUGAAAGGCGGGAAAAUCCCGGUCGAGAUCCUGGUUACGACCAAGGAGCCAGAGUCAAAGACCAAGGCAUUUGAAAAGUGCUUGGAUGUCAUCAAGAAUGCAGGAGGCAAAGUCGGUACUUUACCCAAGGACACAACCUCAGGACCCUUCGCAGAUGAAUGGAAGCGUGUUUUUGCGGACAUUUCGAAAGAGGUGGAGGAAGUUGAUAUAACACCAGCGCUUUCCGCUGCUUUUUCGAUCAAAGACUCCGACGAACUGGUGUCUAUCCGCAAUGCUUCCAGAGCAUGCAGCGGUCUUAUGUCAGAGUACUUUGUUGAUGAAAUGUCACGUCUGCUUGACGAAGAAAAGAAAAUGACGCACAAGGCCCUGUCUGCAAAGGUUGAUGCAAAAAUUGACGAACCGAAAUUUUUCAACAAGCUAGCACGACUGCCAUCAGAAUUCGAUGCUCGACAGAUUGAUUGGGCCUACGGUCCUGUGAUCCAGAGUGGAGGCAGCUACGACCUCAAACUGACGGCAACAUCCGAUGGCAAGAACCUCGAGCCUGGCAUCAUUCUGUCCAGCUUCGGAAUCAGAUACAAGACUUACAGCUCGCUCAUUGCGCGUACCUAUCUGGUUGAUCCCACCAAGUCGCAAGAAGCUAAUUAUGCUUUGCUUCUGAGCCUGCACGAAACAAUCAUGAAAGAAAUCCGGGACGGUGUGGUGGCCAAGGACAUCUACACAAAAGCCUUGGGUCUUGUCCGGUCCAAGAAGCCCGAGCUUGAGAGCCACUUUGUCAAGAACAUUGGCGCUGGGAUUGGAAUCGAGCUUCGGGAUUCCAAUAUGGUCCUCAAUGCCAAAAACAACCGUGUUUUGAAGAACGGCAUGACCUUGUCUAUCACCAUCGGCUUGACUGAUGUGAAGGACGCAGACGCGAAGAGUACCAAAAAUGGUACUUAUUCAAUGGUUAUCACCGACACUGUUCGUGUUGGAGAAAGUGGUCCCCAUAUCUUCACUAAGGAUGCUGGUAUUGAUAUGGACUCAAUCUCGUUCUAUUUUGGAGACGAUGAAGAGCCCGAAAAGCCCGUCAAGCAGAAGAAAGAAUCAAAGUCUAGCGCCAUUGCUAGCAGGAACGUGACAAGGACCAAGCUCCGCGCUGAAAGACCUACCCAAGUAAACGAAGGCGCGGAAGCUCGUCGUCGUGAGCACCAAAAGGAAUUGGCUUCCAAGAAAACCAAAGAAGGCCUUGAUCGGUUCACUGGUGCCACUGGCGAUGACAAUGGAGUUGCACAGAAGAAGUUCAAGCGUUUUGAGUCAUACAAACGCGACAACCAACUUCCAGCCAAGGUCAAAGAUCUCACUGUAUACGUCGAUUCAAAGACAUCAACCGUGAUUGUGCCCAUAAUGGGUCGGCCAGUGCCAUUCCACAUCAAUACCAUCAAGAACGCCAGCAAAAGCGAUGAAGGUGAGUACGCUUAUCUACGAAUCAACUUCCUAUCGCCAGGCCAAGGUGUUGGCCGAAAGGAUGACCAACCAUUCGAGGACUUGUCGGCGCACUUUGUUCGCAAUCUCACUCUCCGGUCCAAGGACAAUGACCGGCUUGCACGGGUUGCACAAGACAUCACUGAGCUUCGCAAGACUGCCUUAAGACGGGAGCAGGAAAAGAAGGAAAUGGAAGAUGUUGUCGAACAGGAUAAGCUGGUGGAGAUCAGGAAUCGCCGUCCAGUGAAACUCCCUGAUGUCUACCUCCGCCCGCCACUAGAUGGAAAGCGUGUGCCAGGAGAGGUCGAGAUUCACCAGAACGGUCUUCGUUAUCUCUCACCAUUCCGCAAUGAGCAUGUAGAUGUGCUCUUCAGUAACGUCAAGCAUCUUUUCUUCCAACCAUGUGCUCAUGAGUUGAUCGUCCUGAUCCAUGUUCAUUUGAAGACCCCAAUUAUGAUCGGAAAGAGAAAAACAAAAGACAUUCAGUUCUACCGCGAGGCCACAGAGAUGCAGUUUGAUGAAACUGGAAACCGUCGCCGCAAGCACCGCUAUGGGGACGAGGAAGAGUUUGAGGCCGAACAAGAGGAGAGACGGCGACGUGCUGCAUUGGAUCGUGAGUUCAAGGCAUUUGCAGAGAAGGUCGCAGACGCCGGCAAAGACGAAGGCGUGGAUGUCGAUAUUCCGUUCAGGGAGAUUGGAUUUACCGGAGUUCCAAACCGCUCAAAUGUUUUGAUUCAACCGACUACCGAUGCCUUGGUUCAACUUACUGAGCCUCCUUUCACGGUGGUCACCUUGAAUGAGAUUGAGAUUGCUCAUCUGGAGAGAGUACAGUUCGGACUCAAAAAUUUCGACCUUGUGUUCGUUUUCAAGGAUUUCCGCAGGUCUCCUGUGCAUAUCAAUACGAUUCCCGUCGAAGCACUAGAAGGUGUCAAGGACUGGCUUGACUCUGUUGACAUCGCCUUCACUGAGGGCCCACUGAACCUGAACUGGACUACAAUUAUGAAAACGGUUGUCAGUGAUCCGUACGGCUUCUUUGCUGAUGGUGGCUGGUCUUUCUUGUCCGCCGAGUCGGACUCUGAGAAUGGCUCAGACGAGGAAGAGGAGUCUGCUUUCGAGCUUUCCGAUUCAGAGCUUGCAGCUGGAGACGAAAGCUCCGAGGAAGACAGCGAAUUUGACGACGACGCCAGCGCUGAUGCCAGUGAAGAGGAAUUCAGUGGUGACGAGGAGAGUGGCGAGGACUGGGACGAGCUUGAGGAAAAGGCGAAACGCAAGGACAAAGAGACCAACCUCGAAGAUGACCGUGGAACCAAACGCAAGCGCUAG